CGCCACUGUAAUUACCGCUCGCCAGCUGAAUAGGAACCAAAGCGGCUUCCAUGGGACCACAGCCUAUUGGGAAAUGGCAUGAGCAUGCAAAUUUCACCAUUGCAAUUGAGGUGUCUGUUUCAUUUUUUGAGAAGGCAAAUUAAGUCUUUGCUUUAGAGAGAGUCCAAGUAGGAUCUGUUACUUAUAUGGGCUGAUCACAAGAGAGAGGAGAAGAGGAGGAGCAGACAUAAUGGAGAAUUCGACUGAUUUGCAGAAGCUUCCCAUUGACAUCACUUUUUCCAGGCUUGGGGAGUGGCUGGUUGAUCGGAAAAGAAUUCCGGCGGACUGGCGGAAGAGGUUGAACUCGUUGAGGGGGCGCAUUACAUCAGCCUUUCAGUCAUUGCCUAAGGAUUUGGAUCCUUGGUUCCAAACAUUAUCUCCGGAGUCUAUUGGCUACUUGGAGGCAAAGCACGUUUGUGGUAUCUUAUUAGAAUCAACUCCUGAAGUUCGGAACAUAUUUGGUCGGCUUUCAGGAGCUGCAGGAGAAUGGGAUGUAAUUGUUCGAGCAUUUGAGAAAGACUAUAUUUAUCUCGGGGAAUCUGCACAAAUUAUAGUUCAAAAUGUCAACUAUGAACUUCCAUAUGAAAAAAAACAUAUUCAGAAAAUUCAGCAACAGCUAGCAGACCUGGAACGAAAAGAAGCAGAGCUAAAAAGGAGUGCGGACAUUUCAGCAAUAAAGUACCAGGAAGCUUGCCAGGAGCUGGGACUGCAGGGGAAUAACAUCAGGUUAGAACUCCUGGAGAUGGCCAAAACACUCCCAUUGACAUUUGGUGAGAUUGUGGAAAUUCUCUCUGGUGACACUAUUAAGCAAGCAUUAGAAUACUAUCAUGCAUUUGUCAAACAUGGACAUACAGAAAAAGGGAAAGAUCCCGACAAUGUGCUUGCAAGUCUAAGAGAUAUUCAUGCUGGCCUUUCAGUUCUUGAUGUUUCUGCCAGUCACGAGGUUUCAGCUUCCAAGGUUCUGUCAUCUAACACAAAUUUUAAUUUCUAUGAGAAACUGAACACGGCAUCUGAGAAAGAGAUAUCUUCGAAUGAGAUUGAUUGGAAUGUAAAUACAGCAGUGGAUGAGAUGGCUGAAAUUGAUUGGGAAAUUGAGCCUGUGGAGCAAACCGAGACAUCUGAAAAUGGCAUAAUGCAAGAGGAUGUGCAUCCGCACACUGAAAAUGUAGAUUUUGUAUCACUGGAAAAUGAUCUAAAUGAUAAAUCUCAGUCUUUGGAUUCUAAGGAUGGUGAGAUUGAGUGGAAUAUAGAAAAUACUGAAGCAUCUGAAGCUGUUCAAUCAGAAAUCUGCUGGGAUAUUAGUAUAGAAGAUAUUUCAGGAGAUGUACGUGAAAUGUCCUUUGAAGUGGAUUCACCUGCAAACCAUUUUGACAAUGGAGGGGCUGAAAAUGGAAUGCACCCAAAUAGCCGUUUCUUGGAGACAGAAUAUAGGAAUAAGCUUCUUGAUGAUUUGUUUGAGUUGAAAGCAUUUUUGAAUAUAAGUAUACUGGAGAUGAAAAAUGAAGAAACAUCAUCUUUACAACACCAAGUUCAAGCGGUAGCUCCUUCAGCUUUGCAACAAUAUGGUCAUGAUUCUCUUUGUGCUAUGUUAUCUGAUCUUUCACGGGCCACUUCAUUGCUUACAAAUAGGAAGACCCGUGACUUAAUAAUGAUUCUCAAUUCAAAAAGGUUUUUGGAUAGAUUGGAAUCUUCACUGGUUCAAAAGAAGCAAUAUGAAGUGAAAUUGUUAGAAAGUAUGAAGGAGUUAUCAAAGAGACGAAUGGAACUUCGGGAUCAGUUAUCUUCAUCAUGGUCGAAGCAGGAGGCUGCUAUUUCAAAAACUAAAGAACUCAAAAUACUAUGUGAAAAAGAUAUUUCUACAAUGUUUGAUGGAAGGCCCGUCAAUAUUAUCGGGGAGAUCAACAAUUUCUUAGGUUAAUUGUAAUAGAUUAUAUCAUGUUUGCUUUGCAGAUUGUCAAAUGUAGGAAGUAGGAGGUUAAGGAAUAGUGAUCUUAACCUCCUUAGGUUUGGUAUUCUCCAACUCAAAUAUAUGCCUUCAUGGUUGCCUUUUUAGAUGCAACAUUAAUUGUAAUUUUUGGUUUGCUAGUUUAUUUUUAAAUUUGCUUGAGAGAACUAAAACAUUGAGUGCAAAGUAUUUUUAGGAUAUAAGAUGCCAGUUUUGUUUCCACCA